CACAUCAGCAUCCACAACUCCACGGCAGACCGUGUCGAGCGAGGGCUGGCACCGACUUUGCCGCAUCCAUGGCGCACCAUUUCCGCUCCCAGCGCCCCUUCUCAAUAUUAUCGUUAAAAUGAUAUAAGGGGGAAACGUCUACGGCAGCGAAGGGAAUCGAGUCUUUAUUUCACGCGUCGACGCAUUCCAAAUGACUCUGUUUUGAAACUUUCCCAGCCCUCGUUUACCCGCUCCCACCACCGUGUUUUGUCUCUUUCCGUUCAUAUAUUUUUUCCCCCAAAGAUUGCAUUCUUGCCCAAGACCUAUAUGGAUGGAGUGGUCGCCGGUGUGAUGUCCCCAGCUGUCCGAGCACCAAGUCGGCCGCUGCGUGUCAUGAUCGGCCGGAGCAAGACCAAAACGAGAAGGAGAAAGCGAAAGGAGUUGUUUUUCAUACAGAUGUGCUUUCUGGGGGGGUUGCUUCUGGUUGUAACGGGUUUGUCCUGCCUGGCGGAAAACACAGGUUUCCUCGUGUCUGGUCACGCCUCUGAAGAGCGCCACCUAUGGGGGAGACGGAGGCUACUGCAGGAGCUGGACAGCAACGUCACGGAGGAGUGGGGGCACUCUAAAAACUGCACAGAGCCCGCCCUGCACGAGUUCCCCACAGACCUCUUCUCGCACAAGGAGCGCACAGAGGGAGCCGUGGCAUUGCACGUCCUGGGUGCCAUGUACAUGUUCUACGCCUUGGCGCUGGUCUGCGAUGACUACUUCGUUCCCUCCCUGGAGAAGAUCAGCGAGCGCCUGCACCUCAGCGAGGACGUGGCGGGGGCCACCUUCAUGGCCGCCGGCAGCUCCGCCCCCGAGCUCUUCACCUCCGUCAUUGGUGUUUUUAUCACCAAGGGUGACGUUGGCGUGGGAACCAUCGUGGGCUCGGCAGUCUUCAACGUCCUCUGUAUCAUUGGGGUGUGUGGCAUUUUCGCAGGCCAGGCUGUGCGGCUCUCCAAGUGGACGCUGAUGAGGGACUCCGCCUUCUACACGCUGUCCGUGGCGGCCCUCAUUGCGUUCAUCCAUGAUGAGAAGGUCUCCUGGUGGGAGUCCCUGGUCUUGAUUGUGAUGUACCUGGUUUACAUUCUGAUCAUGAAGUUCAACUCCCGCGCACACCGCUAUUUCGAGAGGCGGAAGAGGAGCACGGUGAACCUGGCCAACGGGAUGACCAGCAACCCGGACAUUGACGAGGCCGGCUGUGAUGCCACCGCAGUGCUGCUCAAGAAAGCUAAUUUCCACUGUAGGCCCUCCGUGCUGAUGGUGGACGAGCUCCUGUCGGCCUACCCCCACCAGCUCUCCUUCUCCGAGGCCGGCAUGCGCAUCAUGAUCACCAGCCACUUCUCCCCCCGUACACGCCUCACCAUGGCCUCUCGCAUGCUCAUCAUGGAGAGACAGCGACUGAGCAACUGCAGGCCCUUCAGUAAUGGCGACUCGGAGGGCGUGGUCAGGGCCCUGGGAAGGCGGGGCCUGGAGAAUGGGCUGAGCGGGCCAGAGAGGGGCUUCAACGGGCACGGAAAGCGGCAGGGCGAGGACGAGGGCGGCGGAGUGGAGGCCGGCAACGACACGGAGAACGAGGACAACGAGAACAACGAGAACGACGGGGAGGAGGAAGAGGAGGAGGAGGAAGAUGACAACGAAGGACCGUUAGAGCCCUUUCAUGUACCAUCCGGGGUCUGUAACAAGGUGAAGUGGGUGACGGCUUGGCCACUCUGCCUGCUGCUCUUCUUCACCGUGCCCAACUGCGCCAAACCGCGCUGGGAGCGCUGGUUCAUGGUGACCUUCGUCAACUCCACCAUCUGGAUCGCCUCCUUUUCCUACAUCAUGGUGUGGAUGGUGACUGUGAUUGGCUACACGUUGGGCAUCCCCGACGUCAUCAUGGGCAUCACCUUCCUGGCAGCCGGCACCAGCGUCCCCGACUGCAUGGCCAGCCUCAUCGUGGCGCGUCAGGGUCUUGGCGACAUGGCCGUCUCCAAUUCCAUUGGCAGCAACGUGUUUGACAUCCUGAUGGGGCUGGGCUUGCCAUGGGCGCUGCAAACCUUGGCCGUUGACUAUGGAUCCUAUAUUCAUCUGAACAGCAAAGGACUCAUCUUCUCUGUUGCCCUGCUGCUGGCCUCCGUUUUCCUCACCGUUCUGGGUGUGCACCUCAACAAAUGGACCCUGGACCGUCGACUGGGCAUCAUGUGCAUACUGAUGUAUGCUGUCUUCCUGUGCUUCUCCAUCCUCAUCGAGUUCAACGUCUUCAUCUUCGUCAACCUGCCGAUGUGUCGCGAGGUUCUGCUCUGAAGGUGGACGGGCCGCCCACUCCUCCAGCCAUGCCCCCCCGAUCCGGGAAUAUGCCUGCCCGCAUCUAAGUCCCGACAAGGCAGAUCUUCUGUUGUGUUUAUUUGUGUUACUUUAGGUGAUCUGGGAUUAAUCCUCGGUGCGAUAUGAGCGGAAGUCCGGCACGCCCCCUGGUGGGCGAAAGGAGAAUGGCAGCAGCAGGAGACGGGAGUCUCUGAGGAAUCAAGCCACGCAGGAGGAUGACAUUUUGUCCACUAACUUCUUGCUUGAUGUGGACUGAAACAUUUUAGAAUUUUGUAUCGAUGGAACUUUCUUACUGCAAUCAUCACAACUAUAUUUUGCAUUUAGAUUUUUUUUUUUUUUGUAGGCUGCUAACCGGUUGAGGAAAUCUCAGUCAGAACAUAAUGGAAUACUUGAUUAUUAUGAAGAGUAAGAUAUACAGGAUGACGGUGACUUUUUCAAUAGUAUGGUUUAUUAUUAUCAUUGUUUUAUCAGUAGGUCACGUUUGUGACAGUAUGAAAGGUACAGGUGACCUGAUACAAAUAUUUCUAGACAGCGUCAAUGUGUCUAAAGCAGCUCUGGCGCCCUCUUCCUGGUAACCGCAGCAUUGCAGCCUUCCAGCUGAGCUAAGCUGCCGCAGCAGGUGAGCCAGGUUAGGUGGUGCAUGCUGGGCAAUGGCGUGACACUGGCUGGAUGGCGGCAGCCAGGUCGUGGUUUCCGAGGCAACCAACGCUGCUGUUCAAAGCGCAGCUGUACAGGGCAGCAUUGGCUGUAAAUGUUUGCCAGUAGCCUGGCUGUAACUAAUUGUCAUGGCCAGUAAUUUAGAUUUGUAGUUUUCUUUUUGGUUUUGCUCUCCUCUCUUUGCCUUGCUACGAGGCACAGUAUUUAUUAAUUUAUUAAAAACUAUUUAUGUCGUUGAUCUCGCUUGUUUCCCCCCCCCCCCCAAAAAAAAAAAAGUAACCAGUCCCCUCUGAAAGCUGUCCCAAAGACGAGAUCUCUCUGCAGUUUAAGUCUCGCACUGCCACUUUAUUGUACAGAGGUUUUUAUGCAACGGAUUUGUAGGACAUGCCUUGUGACGUCUCUGUUUCUGCCUGUAUAAUAACCCUUUUACCUUUUGUGAAGUUUUCACAAGCAUCCAGGUUCUCUGCUGUCUGUAAGUCUGGAUUGUGGCGCACCACUAUUUCCAAAACACGUCUGCAGAAAGGAGAGUAAGUCUAUGAUGUAAUACAAGCUGCCAGGCAUUAACUAGUAUCUCUGCCAGGCAACUAGUAUCUAUCAAAAAGCAUCUCAGCGGGAGUGGUACUCUAUGGUCGAGCAAGAUUUGGAUUUAUGUGCGGGGAAAGCGGCAGUACUCGUCCAUGGGUGUUUGCCCCCCCCCCCCCCCCCCCCCC